AUGGCUGUUGACGACACUGACCAGACUGAGCUUCUUGACCGAUGGAUUGUUGACCCAGGAUCCAACACACACGUCAUCAACACAGAAGCCUGGCAUGGCUGGAAGAAGACCAACAACAAUCCAGAACAUUGUUCUAUCAACGCUGGCAAUAGUCAUAUUCUCAUUACAGCAUGGGGUACAAUGAAGCUUGUUGCACGCACACCAUAUGGUCUAUGGACACUGGAGCUGACGCACGUUGCAUACAUCAAAGGCUUCCUCACAAGCGUCCUAGGUCUUGCACGCUGUCGUACAGAGUCAAUUCACUUUGACUCUGGCUGCAACAUCCUGUAA